GUGGGUGGGGAAGAAUAAAAACAUACGGAAUUCCGGUACUUUAUAUUCCGUUCUGUGCACAUGAAAGGAGUGUAAUUUGUAGGUGCACUUGUCGAAAGUUCGCGUUUCAUUAAUUUUGACUAUUAUUUAACCUUAUUUCUGUAACCGUUUACAACAAAGACCAAUCAGAUUCACGAGUGUAUUAGGAAGUCCCGGAUAGAGGAAGGGCAUUUGUUCAAGUAGAGUUAAAGUUAAUAAUGUCAAAUAUGGAUGAUUUUAAACCAGUUGAGCUGGACAAUGGGACCAAGGAUUCAAUUCCCAAACCAGAGCAGAAGCCAGAAAAUAAAUCAGAAGACAAAUGCAAUCUUUAUCAUCAAGACGAAACCUCAGAUCAAAGGCAGAAAAUGGUAUCUCAAGAAGAGAUGGUCUAUCCCAAUAUGUACUCAACGCAAUACUACUUAAGGAAGUUUUUUGUCUGCAGGCCAGGAGCACUUGAUCAAGCCAUUGAAGACAUGAAUGCCUUGAUAGCUCAGAAAGAAGAAAAUGGUCGCGCACUGAGUUUUUGGCUUUUAACAGAGGUGGAUCAUUGGAACAAUGAGAAGGAACGCAUUGUUGCCAUCACCGAGAAGUCCCUGGUGAUCUGUAAAUAUGACUUCAUGAUGCUUGCCUCCCAGCAAGUCCAGUGUAUCCCUCUUAAUUACAUUGAUAAGAUUUGCCACGGACCAUUUACUGUCCCACCAAAGUCCCUUGCCAAGAGAGAGGGUAAUGGCCUACGAAUCUACUGGGAUAAACUGCGGGAUGUGUCCUUCCUGUCACUCUGGAACCCUUGGUCUACUGACCUGCCAUAUACCUCAUUUACUGAACACCCAGUGAAAAAUGCCAAUGAGAGGUUUGCCACCAUCUGUGAGCUCGAAGCAUUCACAGCGCAACUGAUUCAGGCUGUUAAGGUAGCCCAUGAACAGCAGCCUGUUGCAGGCCGAGCUAAUGGCGCUGUUAUUCUGAAACAACCUAUCCCGAUCGAAGCCUACACGGGGCUGAUGGCUUUCAUUGGUAAUAGAAACAAGCUGGGCUACUCACUUGCAAGAGGAAAUGUUGGCUUUUAAAUGGCUAUUGACUUACAGAAAGAAAUGUUGGUUUCUAAAUAAGUACUUGUGAUAGGAUUCUUAUUGCAUAGAUAUUCUGCCUGUUAGGGACGCAUAUGUUUUUCUUUCCUUUUUUUAAAUAUGUAAAUGUUAAAUAGCUUACUUCUAAUCAGCUGAAUCAGGAAUACAUAAAUUCAUUACAGUUAACAACAGGAAGACCAUGAGCAUUAAUGGCAUCUAGCAAGGCAUAGAUAAAUGUAUUUAUACCUUGUGUACUUUAAGGGGAAAUUAAUUUGAUUGUGUAUUCUAUCAGCUGUCUUCUGAUUGGAUGUUAUUCCUGUUUAUUCUAGCUUUUCAAAUAUGGCACCAUUCUAUGUGCAAACCAUCACUGAGUAAGCUGGUUAGACUCCAGCUAUGUAGCUCCUACCAAAUGCAUCUUUACCAUCUUGUUAGGUGAAACAUUUAAUACCAUGUAAUAUGCCAUACAAAAACACUUCUGCACAUUCUCACUGAAUGAGUCUCCAUUCAGAAUCCAGAGAGUAACAUCACUCAUCACAAAAUUAAAUCAAAUAAUCUGCUAUCUUCUUUUUGAUCCAUGCAUAGUCAACCCUGCAACAUGUUUUUGUUUCUUUUUAACCCUUCAGAACUUUUAGUGCCACAGGUGUAGCCCUUGCUUCUGCAUUAACAAUGCAACCACUGUCAUUAUCAUUUUAUAUACUGCUCAGUUCUAAGAACAUAUCCUUUCUUAACUUAUUCUUUUAAUUCUGUUUCAUAACUUAAUCUUAUAAUUAAUUUUAUUUUCCUUGGCAAAUGUAUUUAAACUAAUUAAGCAAAACUACUUGUUUUUCUUCUGCCUGUUUGAGUCAUGUAUUCUCGGCUCAUAUUUAUGCUGAAUAUGCUGAAAGUUGAAGUAUUUAAAAUACUCCUACAGUGCCUUACCAAACUCUAGUAGUUUAACAUUUUUUGGCGUAUAAAAAGGUGUAUGUGGACGAGCAUAAUAUGAAUGAUAAUUUUAUUGAUUUUUAAAACUGAAGAAUUUUGUAAAUUAGCAUUACCAUAGUUAUAUCUAGGGAAGUUUCUGUAACUAUCAUUGUAUGAAUAAUGUUCAUAUUAAUUAAUGUUUUAUAAUUUCACUUGUUAUGGUAUUGUCCCCCCCUCAUUCAAAACAUUUGGGCUAGCUUUGUUCUAAUUACACAUUAUAUUUUGCAACCUGCCAAGUAAAACAUGUUGCACUGUGCAAAGUUCUUCUUUAAAAUUAUUUAUUUUGUACAAGAUAUUGUCAUAUAUUUUGAUAUUUUGAAAUGCAUUUUUUGAUUACAAUUUGUUUUUAUGGUAAGCUUGAUGUUUGUUUUGCAAAAUGCCAAGUAGUACUUUUAAAUAAAAACUAGAUUUUUUCUUUAAAUUGCAUGAUGUGAUACAAUAAGCAACCAGGUACUUUUGGGUAACUGUAUAAAUUGUUUUAAAUUAAUAAUUUAAUAAAGUAUUUCUUGGGAAAUCACUGUGGUUAUUAAUUGUUUACCUAGAAAUGAACAUCUUUUCGAAUGACUACUUAACACAAACAUAAACAUUUGUAGUUGGUAUGUAUUUGUUUAUAAUUUCUGAAUAUACUGCUAUUUUUUCCUGUAUGAAAAAGUCCAAACAAGACAUUCUAAAACAUAUAUGCAAUAAAUGACUCUAUUUUGCUAAAAAUAUUUUUCUUUCUGCAAUAAAUGUGUUGUAGAACUUU